AAUGUUACGUGUCGGUGUCUCGAGAAACCGAAAGAAGCCGAGGGAAGCCGAGGUUAGCUGCGUGACAGAAGAGAAUUAAUACCCCCGCCACGUGCCGCGGAGAAAUACAUGACAUAAUAACAUUUAAAUAAUGUAUAAAACAAUACACAUACAUGACACAUAACAUUUCGUUGUGUGCGAGCCGUGCUGGGCUCGAGAGAAGGGGUAGAAACGUUCUACUAGAGACCCUAUAGGAGGGAUGCGUCAUGUAAAUUGCAAGGCUGAAAAUGUGGGGGGACAACUUCCGUUGCAUCGCCUAGCCAUGUUUAUCUUUAAUAUUGUUUAUGAUAAAUAAUCAUGGUUCGACAGUGUAUUCUUAAUUACUGCAAAAGUUCAACAAGAACUACUCAAGAUCGUAAAUUUUGUCGUUUUCCAAAACACGAAGAACGUCGAAAAUUGUGGUUGCAAAAUAGCAAUGUUGCAGCUGAAAAUGUGAAAAAAUAUUCAGUUUUAUGUGAUAAACAUUUUUCCGAAGACUGUUGGAAGAUAGUAAAUGGAAAGAGGUGUUUAAAAAAUACUGCAGUACCUACAAUUUUUAUCCAAUCUAGUACUUUAACAGAUAAAAAAGGUGUUACAUUAUCUUUUAAUCAAAGUAUUUUGAAAAGAAAUGUACUGGGAAACGUAAAAAAUAAUUCUGAUUUGUCAAAUGUACUUCCUUCUACUACUGCAACUUGUAUUCCAGCUCAACAAGAAAUUAUGUCUAAACAAGAUGCAAAAAGCAUAUCAACGACAAAAAUAUCGGAAAAUGUUUCCACUGCUUGUCCAGUAAUUGAAAAGAAUUCAGCUUGCUGUGAGGAAUCCAAUUCGUCACCAUUAACUCCAGCAAAUAAUGUUAAAGAUAUCUCAUUGUCAAAUGUAACACUCGAAGAGCAUGCCACAAUAACACAACCAUGUGACACUAAUGAAGAAUUGUUACACGCUUCAUCUGAAAGUAUUGAAGAUACAAGUAAUGAACUCAUGUUAAAAGGAAUUGACAGUAUUUGUGAUGAAAUUAAUUCGAGUGAAAGCCGAGAUCACAAGGAUUGCGUUAAUACAAUUAAAAAAUUAAAAACUUUGUUAAGUAGAAAUCUGAAAACAAUUAAGAUUAUAAAAACACAACAUAAAAAAUCCCGAAAUCAAUAUAAAAAGCAGAUCAAAGAUUUACAACAAAAAGUAUGUAGGAGUAACAGCUUACAAAAUCGAAUUUAUUCUAUUUUUAAUGAAGAUCAAGUCAAACUUAUGACCGGUAUGCGUAAAAAAACUCCAAAAUUUCUAAAUACCACGCUAGAUCAAUCAUAUAAAAUAAAAUUUGCUUGUGGUUUAUCGGGUUACAAAGAGCUUCGUAAACAAGGCUAUCCAUUACCAUCUCCUAGAACAUUAAAUAGAGGUAUCGAAAAUCCUAAAUCUUAGCUGAUUUAUUAAUCUUGGUAAUUAAAAACAAAUUGUACGAAUGAUUAAAAUAAUUAUAAAUAUAAUAUAUA